AUGGCGAGGAAACGAAAAAGCGUCAACUAUGGCCAUGAAUCCGAACAGCCUCCCGCAAAAAAGGUAGCUUCUACGGAGCCACUUCCUGAAGGCGUGCACCAUUACGAAACACUUGAAGAAGUGCCGUGGGAUUUGCAGAAGUACUGGCAUCAGGGCUAUUCCAUCUUCUCGAAAUACGAUGAUGGAAUUUGGAUGACUGACGAUGCUUGGUUCGGGGUCACCCAUGAGUCUGUCGCAAAUACAAUCGCGAAGCACAUGGGCGAGGCAACGAACAAGUCCAUCAUUGUUGAUGCGUUCUGUGGAGUGGGAGGAAAUACCAUUGCCUUUGCACUAUCCGGCAAAUGGAAGCGAGUUUAUGCCAUCGAGAAGGACGCCGCCACUCUGGCAUGCGCGAAGCAUAAUGCUGAGAUCUAUGGGGUGGCUGACAAGAUUACUUGGUUUCAUGGCGAUUGCUUCGAGAUACUCGGUGCCAUGGAAGGCCGGACAGAGAAGACUGUGGAUGCGCUAAAAGCCAUCAUCGGCCAAUUCGGCGUGAUAUUUGCCAGUCCGCCAUGGGGAGGACCUUCUUACCGCAAUGCCGAAGUUUUCGAUCUGGAGUCAAUGGAGCCGUACACUUUCAGUCAUUUGUACCGAUCCUUUCGUAAGGUGACUUCGGACGUUGUGCUAUAUCUACCGAGAACGAGCGACUUGAGACAAGUGGCGAAGGUGGUGCAAGAGGACAAAAAGGUUCAAGUUGUACAUUACUGCACCCACGGUACCAGUCGGGCGUUAUGUACUUAUCUUGGGAACUGGGCGUCUCUGAAACUGAGUGGAUGA